AGUGUCAAUUCACAAAUAACAAAAAGUCAAAAAUUGCCAAUAUGGCUGAAGCAGCUAUAGCACGUCGUGAAGCACGAAGAAAGAAAAUAUUAGAAAAUUCUCAUAACAGAUUACAAUUGAUAUCUGGGAAAAAUGCUGACGAUGUUGGUAAAGAAUCUCCAAUAAGUAGUUCAAUUUUCGAGGACAGUUUAAAAAACUCUCCUUCUAAAGAGUCCUGCAAUAUCAAUAAGUGUUUGGUUAACAAUGGUGUGCUCACAAAUGCAGGACUAGAGACUUUAAGUAUUUUAUCAACAAAUCAGGAGGAUUUUGCGAUAGGCGAUGGAGACGUCCCUUUCCCAAAGCAUGACUCGACAGCUUUUACAUCACCAACACCUGAACCAGUUCAGGUAAAUCCACCGACUUUCGAAAAACUUGUUAGCCAUAAAUAUGACAUAGUGUUAUUAUCUUUGUUAAUACAAUUACUUUAUAAUUUUUCCAUUGUUACAUUCGAGAGGGGUUAUUUUUUCCUCCCUCUGGCAAUUUAUGUCACAACAAAGUUAGCAAUGAUCCCAAGACAACAGAACUCCAAUUUUGCAAAUAUUAUAUUAAUGUUAAAUUGCAUGCCACCAAAUAGGGCACAGAAAAUAAUGUCAAUAACACAAUUGGUUAGUACAUUCACACAGGACGUGUGCAUUUUUUUGUUUACAACCAUUUGUACUCAGACUUUGUGGCAGACUUUGAGAGUGAAUGUUCUGUAGUAAACUUUUUAUAAAUAUAUAAAUUGGGCAUUUUGAUGACUGACCAUUUUCUAUAUUUAGGGAGCUGGGGUUGUUGGGGAUGUAUUAUGUUUUGAUUGCUUGUGCCUUUAUACAUAAGUGAUACCAGUUGUUGUGACGAGUGUGUUUUAGUCACAUAUUGCCAUUUUAGUUGUAAAUUUGUAAGUCUGUAAAUAAUGAAAUAGAUUUUUGUAUCAAUUUAUAAUAGACAUGUUCAGAAUAAGUACUUCCAAGCAUCUCUAAAUAUGCCUGUCCAGAAAAUCACUCAGAGAAUCAGAGAAUCACUUGCUGCAUUUAAUUCUGCAAACAUUACUAGGAGUAAAAAAUUUUUGUUACAUAUUGACUUCCACCAUAAUUAUAUAAAUGUUAAAGCUAGUUUGAUUUGCUUUUGGCUUCGUAUGUGUAUAUGAUAUUUUAAUCAAUAAACGGUCAAAUGAAUCAUAACAGCACAAAAUCUUAUAUGGCAGUCUGUGACUGAAAAUUAUUUUCUAAAAGCCAUUUGCUAAACAUAACAUUGUAUGAAGCUCGUUCUUUGCUCAACAUAAUUUUGCAUUCAUUUUCAUCGGCACUUGUUAAAUAUUCAAAUGUAUGACAAAUGGGAAUGAGUUCAAUGAUUCUGUAACAUAUGCAACAUAUUAAGCUGGCUUCUAACCAAAGAUUUAGAGUAAUCAUAAUUCCAGUUAUUUUAUAUAUGUAUAUAUAAUAUAAAUAAUGCAAUGUCUUUUAUAUUAAAGUAUAGUUUUUUAGUUAAUAAUAUAAUAUUGAUUCCAGUCGACCAGCUUAAUACCGGUUGUAAAUAAUCAAUGGAUAUGAAUAAAAGAUUUUAUUUUAAUUAUAUUUUGUAACAAACUUUUGAAAUUAAAAGUGGCUCUAAUAAUGUU